UUUAAAUAUUUAUUCGUCGCAUUUCUUUUCCCCCAAAACUUCCACAUCUCUCUCUCUCUCUCUCUCUGCAACAACAACAACUGCUAUCUUUCCAUAAUCAUGAAUUCUAACCACUUGCUGCUUGAAGAACCUAUACGAAUGGCUUCCAUUCUCGAGCCAUCCAGACCUAGUUAUUUUCCGGCAAUGACGAAGAUCGUUGGGACUCUUGGACCGAAAUCGAGAUCUGUAGAGGUUAUUUCUCGAUGUCUCAUGGCCGGAAUGUCUGUGGCACGAUUUGAUUUUACGUGGGGUGACGCUGAGUUUCACCAAGAGACAUUGGAAAACUUGAAAAUCGCUAUCAAGAAAACAAAGAAGCUGUGUGCUGUUAUGUUAGACACAAUAGGCCCUGAGCUCCUUGUUGUCAACAAAAGUGAUAAUCCGAUACCUCUUGAGGCAGAUUCCCUAGUUGUCUUGUCACCCGAUGAAGAGAAAGAAGCAACUUCAAGUUUAUUGCCAAUAAAUUUCAGCGGACUAGCUAAGGCUGUAAAGAGUGGUGACACCAUUUUUCUUGGCCAAUACUUGUUUACAGGAAGUGAGACAACGUCUGUUUGGCUGGAGGUUAAGGAGGUGAAAGGUGAUGAUGUUGUAUGUCUGAUAAAGAACUCUGCUGUUCUUGCUGGGACAUUGUACACUUUACAUGUCUCUCAAGUUCACAUUGAUCUGCCUACGCUCCCUGAUAAAGACAAAGCGGUCAUCAGCACAUGGGGAGUUAAAAACAAUGUCGACUUUCUCUCAUUGUCGCAUACCCGCAGUGGCCAAGAUGUUCGACAAGCUCGUGAAUAUCUUUCUAAACUAGGCGACCUCAAUCAAACCCAGAUUUUUGCAAAGAUUGAAAAUGUAGAGGGCCUAGUAAAUUUUGAUGAAAUCCUUCAGGAAGCUGAUGGCAUUAUCCUUGCUAGGGGAAAUUUGGGGAUAGACCUUCCACCAGAGAAGGUAUUUUUGUUUCAAAAAGCAGCUGUUUACAAAUGCAAUAUGGCUGGGAAACCAGCUGUUGUUACUCGUGUUGUGGAUAGCAUGACCGACAACUUAAGGCCCACCCGUGCCGAAGCUACUGAUGUUGCCAAUGCUGUUUUAGAUGGUGCCGAUGCAAUUCUUCUAGGUGCAGAGACAAUGCGGGGGUUGUACCCUGUUGAAAGUAUCUCCAUCGUUGGUAAAAUUUGUGGCGAGGCAGAGAAAGUGUACAAUCAAGAUUCAUAUUUCAAGAAGACUGUCAAAUAUGUUGGUGAACCAAUGAGCCACAUGGAAUCUAUUGCUUCCUCUGCGGUGCGUGCUGCCAUCAAGGUGAAAGCAUCCGUUAUCAUUUGCUUCACUUCAUCUGGAAGAGCUGCAAGGUUAAUUGCCAAGUACAGGCCUACCAUGCCUGUGCUCUCCGUUGUUAUACCACGGCUCAAGACAAAUCAACUUCGCUGGACAUUUACUGGUGCUUUUGAGGCAAGGCAAUCGCUCAUCAUCAGAGGUCUUUUCCCAAUGCUCGCAGAUCCUCGACACCCUGCUGAAACUACAACCGCCACGAAUGAGACGGUGUUAAAGGUGGCCUUGGAUCACGGCAAGGCCAUUGGCGUCAUCAAGUCACAUGAUCGUGUUGUUGUUUGCCAGAAAGUCGGUGACGAUUCUGUUGUCAAGAUCAUCGAACUCGAAGAUUAGCGAUCAUAAUUUAUUUCUACUAGAUGUAACUAUCCCUUGCAUGAGUUGUUCUUAUUCAUGUGCAAAUGGCAGAAGCUUUGAGCUCAAGUUCUUGUUAUGGCACCACAAAAAUGACCCUUUUUAUGUAAUGAAUUUUGAUUUAAGAUUUGCAAGCUAAUCAGUUCUCUUUGUUUAGCAA